CAAGCCCCGCCCUCCCCGACUUCCGGACGCACGUGGUCAUGUCGGAACCGGAGCUGCAGCUGGUGGCUCGGCGCAUUCGCACCUUCCCCGACUUCCCCAUCCCAGGCGUGCUCUUUAGGGACAUCUCGCCUCUCCUGAAGGACCCCGAGUCCUUCCGCGCCUGCAUCCGCCUGCUGGCCAGCCACCUGAAGACCGCGCACGGCGGCAAGAUUGACUACAUCGCAGGCCAGUGCCCUCCGUCCCCUCCUUCCCCACCUGAUCCCCCUUGCCCAUUUCCUCGUCCCUCCGCGCGCCCAGCCCUCUUUACUUUAUCUCGCCUUGAAUUAGCAACCCCUGUCCCACCUCUGGCCUCCGGCUUCCGGCCUACGUCUUCCCGCUGGGGCUGGCCACGCCCUGCCCUCGGUGUCGCUGGUGUCGGCCUGGCACCCGAAGGGUCAAGUUCUGCGGGGUUCGCGGCGCUGGGGGCGGGCUUCAGGGAUUUGGUUAGCCUGGCAGGUGUAGGACUGGCCCGUCUCCUCCCCGGAAGGCCUGCAGGGUUUCAGGUUCCUGGCUGUACUGCCCAGAGCUUGCCCUCUGUCUCUGGGGACUUUGCUGAGCCACCUCCCUUUCUGCCAAGCAUUCUGAGCUGUAUCCUAGUAGGCCUUGGGCCCUAGAGCUCUGUCCACUGUGGGAGGUGCCUCGCACUGGAGGGCGAGCCCAAGACAGGGCCAGGGAGAACAGGUGGGCCUGCCAGGCAUCCCCUCCCCACUGCCUGCCAGGACCUGCCGCCAAAAUCCAGUGUGUGGGGUAGGGUCGCCUGGGAGCAGGCUGGGCUGGCCUCGGCCUCUGUUGUCACAGGUGCCGUCUUGGUAGACA